CUUUUCAACAAACUGAUUGGAAAUGCUCAGUUUCCCAAACUCAACCACCUUCAUAAGCACAGUUGGAGUUACUGAGAAGAGAUACCAUGAUUUUCACUGCCAUAGCCAUGCUCUGUCUGGGACUGACUCUGGGAUUCAGGUCUCCAGUGUUGGCAGGAGAUCCCUACAGCAAACCCAGAUUGUCAGCCCUUGACAGCCACGUUGUGAAUGCAGGAGGGAAUGUGACCCUUCAAUGUAUCUCAUGGCAGAAAUACGAUGGGUUUAUUUUGAUCAAGGAAGGAGAACCCAAGUUCUCCAGAACCCUGGACUCACACUAUAUUUUCACUGGGCAUUUACAAGCUAUGUUUUCUUUGGGUCCUAUGACCUCCAGGAAUAUGGGGACAUUCAGAUGUUAUGGCUUCUACAAAAGAGAUCCACAAAAGUUGUCUAUGCCUAGUGACCCCCUGGAAGUACACAUAUCAGCAGUUGAGCCCCUCAGGCUAUCACCAAACAUAUCAGACCCAAAGACAGUCUUACAGCCCCAGGAUUACACAAAGGAGAAUCUCAUCAGGAUUGGGGUAUCUGUCUUGGUCCUUGUACUCCUUGGCAUUUUUCUGUAUGAAGAUCAGCACAGCCAAAGCCGGAUCCAAUACACAGCCAGUAGAGAAAAGAGUGAAUCUGUCAAGGUGGCAGAGACCUCAGAAUAAGUCCAAGGAUUUCAGGUAGUUCUGUGAGAAAAUCUGGAGCAUUCAG